CCGCCGCGCCCGCCGCCACCAUGGAGUUCUCGGAGAGGAAACGCAGCCGGAAAUCCCAGAGCUUCAAAGUGGUGAGCCGAGAUUAUCACCAUGAGGUAUAUAAGAUCUCAGAAUUCAGCAACGAUGUUAAUGGGCAGGCCAAAGAGACACAACCCAUUUUUAUAGGAGAUGAAAGCAUGGAAAUUAAAAAACAAGUUACAGGAAUGAGAAGGUUACUGAAUGACAGCGCCGGGAGGAUCUACCAGCGCGUCGGCAAGGAAGGAGAGAAACUCAAGGAAGAGCCACAGGACCUGGAGUCCCUCUGGCCGCCGCGUCUGAACGCCCCUGCGGACCCCCAGAGCCUCCAGCCCUCGGCACGAGGGGCCUGGAACGAGCUGCCACCCCACAGCGGGCAGUUCUCAGGGCAGUAUGGCACCCGUUCUAGAACCUUCCAGACUCAGCCCCACACCGCUGGAAGCUCCAACGGAGAACUUCCGGCGGGGAGUCCGUCGGUGGGCCCCGGCUGCUGCACCUGCAACUGCCAGGCGACCCUGCAGGCCAUCCUGCAGGAGCUCAGGACCAUGCGGAAACUGAUGCAGAUCCAGGCAGCUGGAAGCCAGAGCCGGCAGCAGCCCCCCAUCUCCCUCGUGUGCUCGCAGCGAGCGGCUGUGUCACGCAAGAGAAACAAGAAGAAAAAAGCCCCCCCCAAGACGGAGCCUCUCACCGUGAAGCCCAAGCCCAGCGCGUCGGGACUGGGGUCGGAGCAGACGGCAGACACCCCCGCGCCCGCGCCCCGGGCCACCCAGCACAGCCCCGAGGAGAAGCGCCUGCUGGGCUUUGGCAUUGUUCUCGAAUCUCCUUCCUCCGAUCCAGAAGUGCAACUUGCUGAAGGCUUCGAUGUGUCUAUGCCUAAAUCUCAGCUGGACUCUAUAUUGUCAAACUACACUCGCUCAGGAAGCCUUCUGUUUAGAAAACUGGUGUGUGCGUUUUUUGAUGACAAGACUUUGGCUAACUCCUUACCCAAUGGGAAGAGGAAAAGAGGACUCAAUGACAACCGGAAAGGCCUAGACCAGAAUAUUGUGGGUGCAAUAAAAGUCUUCACAGAAAAAUACUGUACGGCUAAUCAUGUGGAUAAACUUCCUGGCCCGAGAGACUGGGUCCAGAUCCUGCAGGAUCAGAUUAAACUGGCCAGAAGAAGGUUAAAAAGAGGCUCAGCAGAGGUAGCUGACGGUGAUGAAAGACUGGACAGCGUUUCUCUACCACCAACAGGGAACAUGUUUGACACCAGGAGGGAAAACACAGCGGACUCGGCGUCCGAUUUCACUGCCUGACGCACCCCGUGACGCUGCUCCUUCGCCUGUGUGACGUUCCUCUUGGGGUUUUCUCAGAGCCACGGCACGUUUUCCGGUGACCGCAAAAAGUGGGUGUUCUGUGGAGUUUCCCCGUCAUGUUGGAAUCUUUCAUACACUUCCUUUGUAACAUGUGAUAAUCAAGCCUCCAAUUUGCUAUAUUUUUUUAAAGAUCAUUUUUAGAAUUAAUUUAUCACCCCUUAAUUGUCCAACAUGUGAUCCAGUUUAUUGUACAACGAAAGAAGGCAGUUCUCUGUCCUGUUGUUUCUUUUUCCCAGACCUUUAAUGUGAAUAUGUGGACUUCUGAAGCAUAUUUAUUUUCAGUUAAGUUGCUUAGAUGCAAGUAUAAAGGAGAAUGUCCGUCUCCAGCCCUGAGAGAAGAGUUGCGAAGGCCAAAACUAAUUAGGUCUUUAUUGGAUUAGAGAGGAAAAACUAUCCAGGGUGAUGGGACAGCUGUGAUCUAAAUAAAAUCAUCUGUGGCAUCAGUUCCCCUCCAAAUAACUAUUUGAAACUAAGUGCAAAUGAUAUAUAAAUUCUUAGAAAGAUGGGGCCAGAGUGAUAGUACAACGGGUAGGGCGUUUGCCUUGCACGUAGCCAAUCCAGUUUCAAUCCUCGGCAUCCCAUAGGGUCCCUCAGCACGCUUCAGGAGUAAUUUCUGGGUGCAGGACCAGAAGUAACCCCUGAGCAUCACCGGGUGUGACCCAUAAAGAAAAAAAAAAGAGUGUUUUAACAGAGGGCUUAACUAUGAAUGAGCCAGUGCUUUGGUAUGAUGUGGCAGUGAGCCACAAACACACUUAAUCACUAGUAUAUACUUUAUUUGCUCCCUAGAGCACUUGCCCUCCUCUUGAUAUACAGCUGACAUGAAAAGUUAAAUUAAUUUCAAAGCAGUAUCUUGCCACAUUGGGCCCUUGAUCUACAGAAAAAAAUUACCUCUAGACUUCCUUUCUCUGAUGGUGCAUUUAAAAUACCAUUUAUUGUGGGGCGAAGAAAUGAACAGAAACUUUCUCAAAGAAGAAAUCCGAACGGCCAAAUUACUAUUUAUCUAGAAUGACUGCACUUAGGGUAUAAAGUAAAUUCUUUGGAGUCACUGAUGCUUGAUCCAAAGGCUUGGAAGAGAUUCGGAGUGCAGCCCAUUCCUGCCAUUCCCUAUCACUGUCAAUUCAGUAUCAGAAAGGGUUCCUUAGUCACCCCCGCCCCCCACACACACACUGGACAUACCGGCUAAGGUGAGGCCCAGGACUCCUCAGGGACAGGUGACCCUGUUGGCUAACUAAGUGCAGCCCUCGAAACUAAAUUCCUUCCUGCUGGGUCAAGGUGCAGUGCCUGAGUUGAGAAGGAACUGUGGGGGGGCGUGUCCCUCUGAAGACAGCCCCUGGUUGCCCUCUCAGGUAAUAAAGCUGAUCCCAGGUGCCACUUGUGGGGUCUUCAGUGUCGGACAUUUGCAUCCCACACAUGUGUGCUUGUGGCGUCCCAAGUUCCAGAGCUGCGUCUGCUGAGGCCUUCCUCGUGCAGGGAGACGGGGGAAAGGAGUUUCCGUCAACCUUAGCUGGCCGUGGACAUUUCAGGACCGUUAGGAUUCCUCGCCCUGAAGCCAGCCCCUUGGUUUGGGGGAUGAUGGGAUGGAGUGCCAGGAACCAGGGCUUUUGUCCUUCUGCAGAGGGUUUUUAAGUUUGUCCUGGGCCUCUCCGAAGGAAGGAUUUCUCAAGGGAACUGGAAGAUCAAUUAGUGGCCUGCCCGAGAUCACGGUGUUGCUAAUAAGGGUCGUAGGCUUUAUCUUCCAGCUGCAGGGCCUGAUGGAUGCACCAGACCAGAAAGUGGCAAAAAUCUUGGCAGAGUGGGCCAGAGCUGGAGUGUGCCCCUUGGGGAGGGCAUUGCCCAGUGUGUGCCAGGGCCACACCGUGCGAACGCAGCUCACGGGAAGGCUAUGUUUCCUAAGUAAAAACUGUGUUUGUGUUUCACUGACUAUGACUACUGUGCAGACUCUACCCAGAAAUCGUUUUUAUAAGCUUUCUUAGCAUUAAAAAAAUCCAUAUCUAUGGAUAAUGUCUCCAAUCUUAUGUAUAUAUGUUUUAUUAAUAUGUAAAUAUUUAGAUUUUUUUAAAAUGACUAUGUUCUUUUAAAAAAUUCAGCGCAAGGCUAGUUGUGGAAAAUGGUGUAUAACGUUGUGUUGUGAGAUCAGCUCCCGAGAUGCACAUUUGUUCUGGAAGAAUCCAAUAAACGACUUAA